AUGUCUGAUGAUGAUGAUGAUGAUGGAGUGGAGCCACAAAUUGAGGAUGUCAAUGGAUACUACUUUGAGGAUGGUGAAGGGGAACCUGUUUGUUUCAGUAUCUUGCCUUUCCAGUUUGGUGAGAAUGAUAACGAGGCAGAUUUCUCCAGGAAGAAUGUUUUUUUGCACGGAUUUGCGGAUAAAAGUCUUCACGUGUACAAGGAGGUGGUAGCUUGGAAGAUAAGGCUUGACAGUGAGCAGCCCAACCUCUAUGUGCUUUCUAUUCAGCACAAGUGGAUAAAGCUGUUGAAACCACGAAAAUGCUAUGGAGAGUUCGUUCGAUCAAUAUUGAUUACGGUGCAAAUGCUCCACUUUGUUCUGAGAGGGGGGCAAAGAAGUUCUUUGAAUCACCUUUGGGAUCACCUUGAUGAAGUUUUUGGUAAAUACAAUCCUAAAUCUGUGGCGGAUGACUUGAUGAAGCACCAUAACCUAAUCAAGUUGUUUGUAGAGAAAGAUCAAACAUCGAUGAAGUCAAAGAUUCUGCAAAGGCUUAUUGAGAAUGGCUUUGCGAGAACUAAAAAGUAUGAGAAGGUUAACACAAGGGGAAAUAAGGUUAACGUUAAAGAGAUAACAGAAGCGAAAGGUAGCAGACAAAAGAGAAAGGGGAAGAUAGAUGGCAGUGGCCACCAAUUCAGCCUAAUUGCAGCUAGAUCCACCUUGCUUAAUCCUUCUAAGCCUCAUUCCCUAAUCAUAGCAGUCUCUCUUAAAUUGUCUCCCAAUUUGAACACAAUUGGUAUAGGUGAGCUAUGGACAAAGAUGCAAUGA